AUGUGGCCUCAAGGGGCCAUCUUCGUGAUCCUGCCCCUUCUGGGACCCACCCUUGUCUGGCUGCUCAUCCAUCACUCGAUGUCUGACUGGUGUGACAGCCUGAGAGAGCUGCCCUGGUGCCCACCGCACAGAGUCUUGUUGCUGGUGUGGACAACCAUCUACUCCAUCAAGGGCUAUGCCUCCCAUCUGGUGUGGAAGGGCCUGGGGUGGGGGGGGGGCUUUGGGCAGCCGCUGGCACUGCCCCUCGGUCUCUACGCUGUGCAGCUCACCAUCAGCUGGGCUGUCUUGAUUCUCCUGUCGGCAGCCCACACCCCCAGCCUGGCCCUGCUGCACCUGCCGCUGCUCUUCGGGCUGGUGAUGAGCACGGCUCUGAUCUGGCACCCCAUCAACAAGCUGGCCACCCUGCUGCUGCUGCCCUACCUGGCCUGGCUCACUGUGGGCGUUUCCAUCACCUAUCACUUGUGGAGGGACAGCCUUUGUCCCGAGGACGGGCCCCCAAGGGGAGAGGGGUGA